AUGAAUUAUAAUAAUGAUUUAUAUUCUAGAAAUAGAUGGAGUAAAAAUAAUAACAAUACCAAUAAUAAUAAUAAUAAUAGUUAUAAUACCCAUCAUAUUAAUAAUGAUAUAAGUAAUAACUAUAAUAGUAAUAAUACAAAUAUAUUUAAUAAAUCCUAUUCAAAUAAUAAUAAUAAUGAUAAUAAUAAUAAUAAUUAUAAUAGUGGUGUUAAUAAUAAUUAUAAUGGUAGUGGUUCAAUAAAAAUUAUACCACAAUUUAUAAAAAUUUAUAUUUUCAAAAUUAAUAAUAAUAAAUGGGUACAACUUUUAAAAAGAAUAAUUAGACAAUUAACUCAAGGUAAAUUGAAAAAGAUAUUUUUGGUUUUUCAAGUUUUAGUUUUAUUCUUAUUGUUGGAACAUACUUUAAAUAAAUUUCAGCGUACAAAUGAUAGUGAUUCAACAUUGAUUGGUUAUCGAAAUAAUUUAUGUUCACCUUAUGGCAACGUUGGUGGAAUAGAAUACCGUGACUCUUUUUCAGAGGUUUUUAAUAGAAAUCAUCUAAAUCAAUUAUUAAAUAAUUAUAAUAUCGAUCGGGAUAUAUUAUGUAAUUAUGGACAACAAUAUCAAUUUAAAAAGUUUAUUUGGUUAUUUGUCGAUUCAUUAGCACAUGAUCAGGCGUAUGAUAUGAUUGAGCCAUUUAAAGAGAAUUCCAAUGUUUAUAGGGUACUUAAUCAUGGCUUCAAAUUCUCCACUGCCAUCUAUACUACAUUCUUUACUGGUAAGAUUCCGACAAACUAUGCAGGUAAACCAAUUCAAUCGGAUAAUAUAUUCUAUCAAAUGAAGAGAGCUGGUAAUCAUAUGCAUUUCGUUGGUCCGGAAUUCCCUGCACCAGCAUUGUUGGCCGAUUCACCAUCCACCAAUCGUUACUUUGAAGAAUUCACCAUUGUACCCGACGAAACAAAUCUAUUCUCACAAUUGUUUGAUCAAGCCAAUUCAAAUCCAACAUCAGAAUCUGUGGCACAGAGAUUGAAUCAGUUCACAAAUGAUGGUAGAAAGAGUGUAAUGUUCACCACCAAUCUAUUGGAUGAUAAAAUCCAUAGAAAUGGUAAAACUCAUCCACCAACAUUAAGAUUACUAUCAACUCUAACUAAAAACAUACCAUUGUUGAAGAAAUGGUUGGCCGAUAAUCCAGAUUACUUAUUCAUUUUAAAUAGUGAUCAUGGUGGUAGUAAAACAGGUGGUGUCAACGAAGGUGAUCUUCAUGGUGCUAAAGAUGGUGGUAAUGAAGGUUUCUUUUUAUUCUACAAUGAAAAACAUAUAGCAUUACAAUCGAAACAAUCACAACAAAUCGAUGAUAGACCUUGGUUGGAUACAGUCGAUGUUGCUCCAACCAUUGUCAAAUACUUUAAAGAUACCAAUAUACCUUUAGAAUCAUUGGGUUUGGUCUCCUCUGGUCAUUACAAUGAUUUAAAUUCACCAAACAUCAAUAAAACUGCAAUCUAUAUGGAUCUAUUAAUCAAUGCAAUUCAAAUCAGAGAAUUAUGUCUUUUAAAAGGUUUCCCCUAUAGUGAAAGUGAUUUCGAAAGAGCAAUUUCUUUAGGUACAUCAAUUCAAUCUCAUCAAUUAUCUGAUAAAAUAGAUCAACUUAAAAACUUUAUUAUAAACAUUAAAGAGCCAAUGGUUGAAUUUAAAAAAUUCCCUUUAAAUUAUUUAAUUUUCACUGGAAUUUUAUUAUUUUUAGUACAGAUUAUAAAUUUAAAGAUAGAAAUUUCACAAAAUGAUAUUUUAUCAUUAUUAAAGAAUAAUUUUUUACCAACUGUAUUCCCAUAUUUUUAUAUCUAUAUUGACUUUUUAUUUUUAAAAUUCGAUUACCAUAAACAUUUUACAAAUGUUUUCAAUUUUUAUUUCAUAAUUAUUCCAGUCAUAAUUUUAUAUUUAAUUUAUAAUUUAAUGAUAGAUAAAGUUAGUAAUAAUCUUAACGAAGAUAAUGAAGAAUUUAUUAAUAAUAAUGAUAUUGAUGAAGUUGAUAUUAUUUCUCAAGAAUUACAACAACAACAACAACAACCUCAAGUACCUUUAAUUCAUAUGAAUCAACAACAGCAACAACAAUUACAAGUAGAAAUAGCACCACUUGAGGAAAUUUCUUUAGAUGAUUAUAAACAACCACAAUCACAACAACAACAACAACAAUCACAACCCUCAUCAAAUGGUAUGAUUGCUUCGUCAGCCGAAUCAUCAACAGCUAAUGUACCAAAUACUCCAAUUAACCAACAAGAACCUAUUUUCAUACCACAACAACUACAGCAACCACAACAACAACAACAACAACAACAAAUUGAACAACAACAACAACAACAACAACAACAGCAACAGCAACAACAACAACAAUAUAAUAGUAAUAAUAAUAAUAAUAACCAACAAGAAGAAUUAACACCAUCAAUGUUAGGUAAUAUUAAUUCAAAAAUUGAAUAUGAAUGGUUAAAUGGUAUAGCAUUUAAUAUUUUCUUUGUAGUUGGAACAUUUGUAUCAAGUCAUUUCAUUAUGGAAUUUUUACCUAUGAUUUAUGAAAGUUUAGAAUCAUUUAGUUUUUAUACAAACUAUUUUAUUUUAUAUUAUUUCAUUUAUAUUUUAACAAUAAUUAAAACCAUUCAACUUGAUAAUAGUAAUAAUAAUAAUAAUUAUAAUAAUACUAGUGGUAAUAUUUUAUUAAAUAAUCCAAUUAAAUUAUUAAAUUCAAUGCAAACUAGAUUAUUAUUUUUAAAGAGUGGUGGAGUUUAUUUGAUAGCAGCAACAUUAUCAUUAUUUUAUGAUAUUAGUGGUAUACCAUCAAUAAUGCAACUAUGUUAUUUGAUAUUAUUGAUUCAAGUUUUGAUUUUGGUUGCAAUGGGUAAUUUAAUUGACGAAUUAUGUUUCAUUUCAAGUAUAUUGGUUUUCAUAGUUAGUACAGAUAGUCAAAGAUUUUAUUUAUUGGUUUUGUUUGUUCCACAAUUAUACCUACUUUCAAAUACUUAUUGUAGUGGUGGUUUAACAAGUUGGAAGUUAUCAUUACAAACUUCUUCAUAUGGUGGUAAAUUAAAAGCACUCUCGAGAAUGUUGGCUUUGUUUAUGAUUGUACUCACCAUUCAAUCUUAUAUCCUUAUGGGUGGUCAAUUCAAUAUGAACGUCGAUGUUAGAGCUGGUAAUGUAGGUCUAUUAAAUAUGGAAGAUUAUCCAACUUUCUCUGGUUUCUUAAUGGUUUUCCAUAAAUUGGGUUACUUUUUUAUUUUAAUUACUUUCUUAUUUAGAUUUGUAAAAUCAUAUAAUCAACAAUAUCAACAACUUCAUCAUUAUCAUCAUUAUAAUAAACAGCAACAACAACAACAACAACAACAACAACAACCACAACAACAACCACAUCAUUUAAUUCAUAAUCAUGAUAAUAUCUUUAAUUUAUAUGAUGAAUUGGAAAUAAAGAGUUGGUUAUUUAGAAUAUUGGCACAGAAAUCAAUUGUUUUAAUGUGGAUUUUCAAUUUUAAUUUUUGGCAAUAUAAAGAUUAUUUAGAUUGUUUUAUUUCAACCUUAAUCAUUUCAAUCGUUACCGUUGGUUUUGGUGUUUGUUUAUGUUUUGAUGAACUUUCAAAAUAUUUAAAACCAAAAGUUUGGAAAAUAUUAAACAAAUAA